UUGAACAAGCUGCUAAUGCCGCACUAAUUAUUGGUGAAAAAAAUCCAACCACAUUGGUUGAAAUUAAUGAUCAAGUAUUACGUUUGGCAAAGUCAUCAAAAGACUUAUGGUGGUGGGUUCUUUUUAAAAAUGCAUCCAAAUAUUUAUUAAAAACUGCUAUAUAUUCUACAAAUCCUAAAAUGUAUAAUGCUUAA